CGCCAGAGAGGAAACAAUCGACUGACAAAUACCGUAGGCGAAAAAAAAAGGUUCGAACCUGUAGCUGGUGGCGCUGCUUCCCCUUUGCCGCCGUAGCGCCGGCCAUGCUCACGGUGUCUCUCCUAGACGCGCAACUCGCUCGGUGCUCCUCCGCGCGCCAUCUCCUCCAGAUUCACGGCCAGUUCAUCGCCUCCGGCCUCCUCGCCGAUGCCUUCGCCGCCAGCCGCCUCCUCCUCUUCACCUCCGCUACCCGCCUCCUCCCGCUCCCCAUCCACCAUUCGUUCCGCCUCCUCCGACUCGUCCGCUGCCCCAACGCCUUCUCCUGCAACACGCUCCUCAAGGCGGCCCUGCUCGCUGGGACGCCGCACCUCUGCCUACCACUCUACACCUCCCUGCCGGCGUCCCCCGACGCCUACACCCACCCCAUCCUCGCCGCCGCCUGCGCGGCCAGGAGGGACGUGAGUGAAGGCAGGCAGGUGCAGUCACACGCUAUCAGGCACGGGUUCGGUGAUGAUUUGUACCUCAGGAACGGCCUGAUGCAUAUGUACUCUGUUUGCGGCUGCCUCAGGGACGCACGCAUGGUGUUCGACGCAGGUCCCGUGUGGGACGCUGUUUCGUGGAACACCAUCCUGGCUGCCUACGUGCAUGCUGGGGAUGUUGAUCAGGCGGUUGGGGUGUUCGCACGGAUGCCAAAGCGGAAUGCCACAGCGGUGAGCUCCAUGGUAUCAUUGUUUGGGAGGAGGGGUAUGGUGGACGAGGCAAGAUGGGUGUUUGACGAGGCUGAGUGCAGGGAUAUUUUCACGUGGACUGCCAUGAUUUCUUGCUUUGAGAGGAACAACAUGUUUGCAGAGGCGUUGCAUAUGUUCUCGUGCAUGCGUCGAGAGAUGCGGCCUGUGGACGAGGCGCUGAUGGUCAGUGUGGUGGCCGCUUGUGCACAGUCAGAGGUGAUUCGAAAUGGGGAACUGUGCCAUGGACUGGUUAUCAGGGCUGGCCUUUGUUCGCUGCUAAACAUUCAGAAUGUGCUGAUCCACAUGUACUCAUGUUGCCUGGAUGUUGUUGCAGCACGGAGGUUGUUUGACAGCGGUGACUGCUUGGACCAGUUCUCCUGGAACUCGAUGAUAGCAGGCUAUCUAAAGAGUGGUCAUGUCGAAAAUGCAAUGACAUUGUUCAGUGCAAUGCCUGACAAGGACAAUGUUUCUUGGAGUACAAUGAUUUCUGGUUGUGUGCAGAAUAACCAAUCCUCAGAUGCACUCACUGUCUUCGAUCACAUGCGAGCCCAGGGAGUCAGGCCGGAUGAAGUUACUAUCAUUAGUGUUAUAUCUGCAUGCACCAAUCUGUCUGCUCUGGAGAAAGGAAAGUCGGUGCAUGAUUAUGUAAGGCAAAACAAAUGUUACAUCAGUCUUGUACUUGGGACUAGCCUCAUUGACAUGUACAUGAAGUGUGGAUACUUGGAAGCUGCAAUGGAUGUCUUCAACAUAAUGGAAGAAAAAGGAGCACCUUGCUGGAAUGCUGUCAUUGUGGGGUUGGCCAUGAACGGCCUUGUGACGAAAUCCCUUGAGAUGUUCUCAGAGAUGGAAGCAUCCGGCACUGCCAUCCCGAAUGAGAUAACUUUCAUCGGAGUUUUGAGUGCUUGCAGACAUGCUGGCCUAGUUGAGGAGGGCCGCCACUUCUUCAAGUUGAUGCAACAGAAGUACCGAAUUGUGCCAAACAUCAGACACUAUGGAUGCAUGGUUGAUCUUCUUGGACGUGCUGGAUAUGUUAAGGAGGCUGAGGAUCUGAUUGAGAGCAUGCCCAUGUUACCUGAUGUUCCAGCAUGGGGUGCAUUGCUUGGUGCCUGCUGGAAGCAUGGUGAAAAUGAGGUUGGAGAAAGGGUGGGCAGGAAGCUUGUCAAUCUGGAUCCUCGCCAUGACGGGUUUCACACUAUGUUAUCUAACAUAUAUGCUAAAGAGGGGAUGUGGCAAUCAGUAAAUGACCUAAGGGACUCCAUGAAGCAACGACAUGUCCCAAAAGUUUCAGGAUAUAGUGUCGUUGAAAUGUCUCCUUCUUGAGAUUCUAGCAGUUGAUCGCACCUCAAAUGAAAAUCUUAGAUAGGUCCAAGUUGAAGCCUUACAAGGUCAUGAAUGGAUCUUUACUUAUCUGCGAUUUGUGCUUCUAACUUUCCAUCAUAGUGUGUAUUUUGAUAAGCCUGUUGUUCACUUCAUGUUUCCUCUAUCUAUGCUUGCAGAUUCAAAUAAAAUAUUCACAUGGCAUCAGCGACCAAAUUAUUUAUCUUUUAAACUUUUACCAAAGGGACAGAACUUUUUUUCUGAUCAACAAGAGGUGGAGGAAACAACAAAUACAAGAAUCUAUACAUAAUGGACGCAGAGGCCGGGGAGAACGCUGGUGAAGCGGAACGGAUAACAGAUGGCGAUUGGACUGGCACACACACACUGCCAAUGAUCUCCGAACAGAGACUGGAUCGUGUGUUCUCAUCAAACCAUGACAGGCCUGCGGAUGCGCCGGAGCUUGACCAUGGCCUAGACCCAGGGAACUUCGUUGUUUACUUGGUAAACACAAUCGACCGCUCUGUGGUGAGGGUAAUCCAGAGCGGGUAUGAUUUCUCCAGGCACGUGAACCAUCCAGUCUUCAGUCCAGAUGGGCAGAGCAUCGCUCUGACAUCGGACCUCACUGCGGUGUCCGCUAACCCAAUGUCGCCUCCAAUCUUCUUGCACUCGCUGAGGCCCUACUGUGACAUCUUCACCGUUGAUAUCGACCCUGACGACAUGGAGGAGAACCAGGAUGUGGAGAAGUUUGCCCGCGUCACGCAUAACAGAUACGAGAACUCCACUCCUGCCUGGUCCGUGUUCUCGACUCAUGACCCGCAUGCACAGUGGAACCUCCUGGUCAUGGAGGAAAGUUACACCUUGUCGUGCCCGUAUGCAAAUUGACGGAGGUGAAAGUUGGCACAUGACAGGCCAGAUCUGCAUCCUGAAAAGGCUCUGUUUCUUGCUCGUUUGGGAUUCAUUUUUUGAGAUGUAUCUGGAAUUUCUGUUUGGAUUGCUGUUGAACAUUUGCAUUUUACACAUUUCAUCUUGCUGUAAUAAGACUUCAGAGUUUUAUACGAGGAUUCUGAAUUGAGUUCUCAGACAAGUUUCA